AUGGUCAAGGACGAUUGCAUGAAGGUCGGCAACCGUUUGGGAUGUGCGUGCUCGGUCUGUAAGGAUGUCGUUCAGUUUACAAGAAUAAUGAUUCUGGACCACGUCCCAAGCGUGGAACAAGUGCUUGACAAAGUCUGCCGUCGAAUCUUCAAGUCUGACGAGUCAAAGGAGCGCUUAUGCGAAGACAUCGUCAAGAGCGAGCUACCCGAGAUGAUUAAAUAUGUAAAAGAGCGAAUCGAUCCACGUAAAGUGUGCGUGAAGUUCUGCUGA